GGCUUAAGUUAUGUGAGAACAUGACAGUGCCACCUUCCUCAAAAUCAUUCUUUCUUUCCUUUCAAAACACACUUUCUAUAAAUUCCCUUAAACCAAUCUAACUCCACAACACAAACCAUUGUUUCUCUUUCAUUCCAACACCGUUUCUUCUUUCUAUCAUAUGUCUCAAACCCCUAACGUUCCUCAAUAUUGUUUCAUAGUCUUUCAUCUUCAUUCUCAUCCCAAACUCCAAUUAUUCAUCUCUUAUCAUCUCCCAAUAAUCUGAUUCCGUUACAAAAAUAGAUCCUUAAUUAUUUCACUUUCUCUUGUCAAAAUCAACCCAACAAACCCAUCUCUUUAAUUCUUUCAAAGUUUCAAUUUUUUCGCAAAUGGGUGUCAAAGGUUUCGUUGAAGGAGGCAUAGCUUCCAUUAUUGCAGGAUGUUCAACACACCCUCUUGAUCUCAUCAAGGUUCGAAUGCAGCUUCAAGGAGAAAAUCAAACUCCAACGACGAAUAUCAAGGUUCGAUCCGCACUUGCAUUCCAGCCUGGCACCGUUCACCCGUCGCCAGCACCAGCGGCGGCGACGGUACCUCCUCGUGUUGGUCCGAUCGCCGUUGGUGUUAGGCUAGUUAAACAAGAAGGCGUGGCAGCACUUUACUCCGGCGUCUCCGCCACUGUGCUCCGGCAGGUUCUCUACUCCACCACCCGUAUGGGACUCUAUGACAUGCUCAAGAAAAAAUGGUCCGAUCCGAAUACCGGCGGUGGUUUCACCUUAACAAGAAAAAUUGCGGCAGGAUUACUUGCCGGCGGGAUUGGCGCGGCGGUAGGAAAUCCAGCUGACGUGGCAAUGGUCAGGAUGCAAGCAGACGGAAGACUCCCGUCUGCUCAGAGAAGAAACUAUAAAUCCGUGGUCGACGCCAUCACGAGAAUGGCGAAAGACGAGGGAGUUACUAGCCUAUGGCGCGGUUCAUCGCUAACGGUGAACCGCGCCAUGUUAGUUACGGCCUCCCAGCUGGCUUCCUACGACGAGUUUAAGGAGACCAUUCUGGCAAAGGGAUGGAUGAAGGACGGGCUAGGAACCCACGUGACAGCGAGUUUUGCGGCGGGUUUUGUCGCGGCGGUUGCGUCGAAUCCUGUGGACGUGAUUAAGACUAGGGUGAUGAAUAUGAAAGUGGAAGCUGGAUCGCCGCCGCCGUACUCCGGUGCGGUUGAUUGUGCUUUGAAGACUGUUCGUGCUGAGGGUCCUAUGGCUCUUUAUAAGGGGUUUAUUCCUACGAUUUCGAGGCAGGGACCGUUUACGGUUGUUUUGUUUGUUACAUUGGAACAAGUCCGUAAGGUUCUUAAGGAUUUCUAAGCUCGAUGAUGAUGAUGACGAAUAAUGUUUUGAAUGACGUUAAUAAUGUUCUUUUAGAUAGAUUAUAUAUAUUUUUUUAUAGUUUGAAUUAAGAUUAAGAUUAAGAUAUGGUGAGGUUGUUUGUUACCAAUUGUGAUUCAAUUGAAGAUAUGGUUAUAGUAUUGGUGUUUGGAAUAUGAGGACUUAAUUUAUUAUUUUUCUUCCAAGUAGAAGGGAGGCAUGAUUAUAAA